GCGGGCGCCGGGCCCCCGGGCGGAGCGCGACAGGUCUCGGGCCCUCAGGCGGAGCGGCAGGCGCCGGACCCCCAGGCGGAGCGACAGGUCUCGGGCCCUCAGGCGGAGCGGCGGGGCGCCGGAUCCCCAGAUGGAGCGACAGGUCUCGGGCCCUCAGGCGGAGCGGCGGGCGCCGGACCCCCAGGUGGAGCGACAGGUCUCGGGCCCCCAGAUAGAGCGACAGGUCUCGGGCCCUCAGGCGGAGCGGCGGGCGCCGGACCCCCAGGCGGAGCGGCGGGCGCCGGACCCCCAGGUGGAGCGACAGGUCUCGGGCCCUCAGGCGGAGCGGCGGGCGCCAGACCCCCAGGCACGACAGUGGGCUCCGAGUCAACUGGCAUGACCGCUGGCACUGGGUCAGACAUUGGAUCGUCUGGCUGGACAGCGGGCAUCGGGUCACCCGGCAUCAGGUCAUUUGGCUCGACCGCGGGCACCGCAUCAUCUGGCAAGGCAGUGGGCUCCGAGUCAACUGGUCUGACCGCGGGCACUGGGUCAGACAUGAAUCGUCUGACUGGACAGCGGGCAUCGGGUCACCAGGCAUCAUCAGGUCAUUUGGCUCAACAGCGGGCACCGCGUCAUCUGGCAAGGCAGUGGGCUCCGAAUCAACAGGCACGACAGUGGGCACCGGGUCAUCAGGCAUUGGAUCGUCUGGCUCGACAGGGGGCAUCGGGUCACCAGGCAUCAGGUCAUUUGGCUCGCCAGCGGGCACCGCGUCAUCUGGCAAGGCAGUGGGCACCGAGUCACCAGGCACGACAGCGAGCACGGAUCAGGUACCGGAUCAUCUGGAUCAACAGCGGGCAU